AUGGAAAAGGAGUCUUCUGAGUCUAAAAGCCAGUCUGGAAGUCCACAUAAUUCUGAUGAAGAACCUCCAGAAGACCAACAGGUUGUUAGCCUAAUCCGACAAGUUAAUUUCAGAAAAUGGUAUUCGAAAGUAACAAUAUUUGUCCAAAAUUUUGAGUUUACCACAGUUGCCCUAUUUGAUUCAGGAGCCGAUCUUAACUGUAUCCAGGAAGGUCUAAUUCCUACUAAGUUUUACCAGAAGUCUAGAGAAUCCUUAAGUACUGCUUCAGGAAGAUCUCUCCAGUUGAACUUUGAAAUACCAAAAGCCCAUGUAGACUAUGAUGGUGUCCUUUCUACUUAUUUAGGAGAAAAGAAGAAAUUAGGUUUAAAAGAGUUGAACAACAGCUUAGUGAUACUCCCUUACAGUUGCAAAUUCAACAGUUUGAAACCAAAUUAA